UGUAAUUGAAAUAAAAACUAAAAUGGAUCUUUUAGCUAAGCCCCAAAUAAUCUGUCACGUAGAAAAAGUCCUGGAUUAUACCAUUCACGACGUUAAGUGGAUCCCAUCUUCAGCGAAAUUUGUAACUCUCGGUGGAAAAUCUAAUGGAUCUGGUGUGAUCGAGAUCUACGAACUGCACAGUGAAGGAGUCGAAAAAGUUGGAGAAUUCGGCAAAAAGGAGCACUUCAAGUGCGGAAGCUUCGACGCAUCUAGCCUGAGGAAUAGGCAUCUGGCCACCGGAGACUUUUGCGGGCGUUUGCAAGUCUGGGAUUUGGAGGAUAAUUUAAUUCCAGUGUAUAAAAGCACCAAGCACAAAGGUAUAAUAAAUGCCAUCGACGGUGUGGCUGGCACAAGUAUAGGAUGCGGCGCCCCAGAAAUUGUCACUGGAUCAAAGGAUGGAACUGUUAUGGUGUGGGAUGUCAGGCAAAAAGAUGACCCAGUUGCAACUUUUAGAGCUGCCACCGAUUCGUCGGCAAGAGAUUGUUGGUCCGUUGUUUUUGGCAACUCUUACAAUUCCGAAGAGCGAGUUGUUGCUGCCGGCUACGAUAAUGGAGACAUCAAAAUGUAUGACCUCCGAUCAAUGAAAGUACUGUGGUCUAAAUGCGUUAAGAAUGGAGUCGUUUCUCUGCAAUUUGAUAGGAAGGAUAUACAAAUGAAUAAGUUGGUUGCCACAACUCUUGAAUCAAAAAUUGUUUGCUUCGACGUUAGGACUCAGCAUCCAACAAGGGGAUUCGCUCAACUAUCGGAAAAGGCACACGACUCAACGGUAUGGCAGGUAAAGCAUCUUCCGCAGAACCGGGAGAUUUUCAUGACAACCGGAGGUGCAGGCUCCAUGUGCCUAUGGAAAUAUAUAUAUCCAGACAAAAGAGUCGAUAAAGACGGCGACGGUAUUCCAGUUGGAGUGAUCGGAGAAUUGCAAUUGAUACAGAAUUCUACGCUCUCGGGGCAGCCAAUAACAAGUUUCGAUUGGUGUAAAGAUAAAUUGGGUUUAGCAGUUUGUUCGUCGUUUGACCAAACUGUUAGGGUCCUGAUUACCACUAAACUCAAUUUAAUUUAAAUAACCUUAAGUAAUAAAUAUGUAUACGCAUAAAAUGUUGCCUUGAACUUUCAAAAUUAAAGAUAAACGGGACGUUGUAUAUC